AUGACAAAACUAUUUUGGCUCGUUAUCGUUUCGUUUGUUGAAGCUAGUAGUUCCAAACCCCUGGGCAUUAGGUGGAAUGCGCGUUUAGAUUGUUUCUACUUUGAAGUCUGUUCAAUUGGUGACAAACAAAAAUAUUCUAAGAGGGAAGUACUUUCGGCUAUAGCGAAGCUGUUCGAUCCCUUUGGUGGGCUAGCCCCAGUUAUUGUUACGGCGAAAAUGAUUAUGCAGAAGGUUUGGUUAGACAACAUUGGUUGGGAUGAUUCGCUUUUGGCGGCUACUGAGGCCGAAUGGAAAAGGUUUGUGCUAUCAUACCCCCAUGUUAACUCCAUAAGAAUCCCUCGAUUGGUUCAGUAUGUUCCUGGAUGUUCUUCUGAAUUGCAUGUUUUUUCCGAUGCCUCUACAAAGGCAUAUGCGGGGGUAGUUUAUAUUCGUGUUGAGUCCCCAGAUGGAAAAAUUUUCGUCAAUUUGCUAUCGUGCAAAACAAAGGUCGCCCCAUUAAAAUCAGUAUCGCUGCCUCGCUUGGAGCUUUGUGGAGCAGUUUUGGCUUCAGAUCUUUUGAAAACUAUAGUUCGGGAAAUAGAUAUUGAAUUCAGUAGAAUUUAUUGUUGGACUGAUUCCACUAUAGUGCUUGGUUGGUUAAAGAAAACCCCCUCCACUUGGACAACGUUUGUCGCAAAUCGUGUUAGUCGAAUACAAGAAAAUAUUGGCAAUUAUAAUUGGUACCAUGUCAAAUCUGAGGAAAAUCCCGCCGAUUUAGGUAGCGAGGUACAUCCCCGGCAGAAUUGUCUGCCUCCCGCCUGUGGUGGCACGGGCCAAGUUGCCUAA